GCGAUAGUAUACGGGCGAUCGAUAAAUUACAAGUCUGGAAUGUAUCCAUUGACUCAGCGCCAGAGCACAUGCAACCAGAGGCGCGCGCUCAAGCUUUGGCUCGACACGGAUGCUGGGGUCGACGAUGCCCUCGCGCUGGGGACGGUAUUUGCCGCGGCGGCCGCAAAGCCCGAACGCAUACACAUCGAGGGAAUAUCGGUGGUCAGGGGCAAUGUGGCCGCCACCGACGCGCUGGUGAACACGGCGCGUGUCAUCCUGGCUUACCCGCAACUCGCCACCGGAGCCCACCGCCGCCCCCAACACCACCAACAACAACCUUGUGACAACGACGCCAACGGUGUCAGUGCGCCACCCAGCACCCGCAGCAGCGCUGUUGCUGCUGGGGGCGGCGGUGGCAGCAGCAGUAGCCAUACAGGCGGCGGCAGUAGCAGCACAGGCGGCGGCAGUAGCCAUACAGGCGGCUGGCUGGUGGGCGGUCUGCCGCUGUGGCUGGGGGCAGAUGCGCCGCUGGAGGCGCCGCCGCAGCCGCUGGGGAGCUACUACGGCAGGGACGGCCUGGGAGAUGUACCUCACGUGCAGCCCAGGCGGCGGGCAGCGGAGGAGGCACUGGCACAAGCGGCGGCGCUGCCGGCCCCGCAGUGUGUGAUGCUGCAAGCGUCUGUGACUAGUGCACAUGAGGAGGGUGCGGCGUAUGUGGAGAAGCAGAAGGUGGAGGCGGCGGUGGAGGGGGCGCGGCCAAACAUGGCGGCGGCGGCGCUGGUGGCGGCGGCGCAGCAGGCGCCGGGGCAGCUGCUCGUGGUGGCAUUGGGCCCGCUGACCAACCUGGCCGCCGCAGUGGCGCUGGACCCCCACCUGCCGCGGCGCCUGAGGGGGCUGGUGGUGCUGGGCGGAGGCGAGGGAGAGGGAAGCGGCGGCGAGGGAGGCGGCGGUGAGGGAGGCGACAAUGAGGCAGGUGGCGGCGGCAAUGUGACGCGCUGGGCCGAGUUCAACUUCUACCAGGACCCCGAGGCCGUGAACGCAGUGCUGUGCGCCUUCGCCCGCUGCGAGCCGCCCCCCACCACCUCCGACCCCAUCCCCACGUCAACAGCCUCUUCUGGUGCUGCUGCAGCCCCUGCUGCCUCUGCUACAGCCGCUUCUGCCUCUGCUGCUGCCCCUGCUGCUGCCCCUGCUGCCUCUGCUACUGCCGCUGAAAUCCCGCCACCGCUGCUACAGCCGCCGCUGCCGCGGCUGCUGCUGGUGACCUGGCAGGCGUGUCAGCUCCACCGCAUGGCCUGGGGCGACGUGGACCGAAUGAUGGGGGCGGCGGGGGCGGCGGCGGACGCGGAGGCGGAGGCGGGGGCGGACGGGGCCAAGGCGGCACAGGCGGUGGAGCAGGCGCCCGCAGCGGGCCGCUUCCUGGCAGGCGUGCUCCGCCCCUUCCUGGCGGACUGGCGGGCAAAGUCGCCCCCGGCCCCCGACCCCGCCCACCCCGACCCCGCCCCGGCUCCGGCCCCGGCCCCGGCUCCCGACCCGGCCCACCCCGGCCCCAACCACGACCCCGACGCCGCUGCUCCGGCCCCUGCCCCGGCUGCUGCUGUCGGGGGGAUGCUGCUAGGCGACCCAUUGGCCACUGCCAUAGCGCUGGGCCUGGGCGGGUUCGGGACGGGGCCGGAGCUGGUCGCGCCGCGGCUGGGCGGGCCGGAGGAUACCGGGUUUGAGUUCGGGACGGGGCCGGAGCUGGGCGCACCAGAGGCCGCCGGGGUCGGGUGCGAUGGGCCAGGGCAGGGGGCGGUGCGGAGCCGCGGGGGUGCUGGGGUUGAUGCCGGCGACGAGGCGGCGGCGGCGGCGGCGGGUCCCACGGCGUCGGCUGUGGUGCUGGAGUGGCGGCCGGCGCGGUGCAGCGUUGUUCUGCAAGGCGAGCGGCGGGGCAUGAGCCUGCUGCGGCCGGUGGCGGUGGCGGGGCCGGUGGCGGUGGCGGGGCCGGUGGCGGUGGCGGUGGCGGUGGCGGGGCCGGUGGCGGUGGCGGUGGCGGUGGCGGAGGCGGCGGCAGCGGCCGCAUCAACGGCGGCGGCUAGCGUGGGCGGCGGUCGGAGAGGGGAAGCAGCCGGGGCAGUGAGGAGGGAGGGGGAGGAAGGGGCGCUGGUGGCGGUGGCGAGCCGUCUGGAUGUGGGGGCGGUGACACGGUUGGUGUUGGCGGCGGCGGGCGUGGAGUGACGACGCAGGAGGCUGGGAUUGGAGGGCACGGUACCCAUGGCAGCGUUUGUGUGGUGGCUUCUGGACGGAGGGGAAGGGGGCUGUGCUCAUGAGGCAUGAGGACAAAGCAACAAGAGAACACGUGGCAAAGGCAGGAGCUGAGGAGCCUCAGGGGGCGGGGCAGCUGACGGCGGGUCGGCUGGGCAGUCCAGAGAGGUGCUGUCAGUGGUGUGUGGGCGCUGUGUGCUUUCCGUGAUUGCGGCACGCCGGAAGCCGGCAACAUGAGUACAUGCGUAUUGCGUAAUGCGGUACGAAGUACCAAAUCCAG